AUGGCAGUUGCUGCGGCUGUGCACCGCCUGGCAUUGCUGGACCGCCGCCGGGUAGCACGUAGCAUCGCGGCCACGCUGCUGUUGAUUGCCGCUUCCAUCUUUCUUCGACUUCGUCGCAGGCUCCGAGGCGUGAACAGUUUGCCGCGGCUUCUCAAGAUCCGUGGGCCGCCAGCUCAUGCGGACGGUACAGCGAGUACCGCAGUUGCGGCCAGCGCAUGUGAAGCGGCAGCCAGGAAAGAAGCCGUCCCGCCCGAAGUUACCUCCGCUGUGCACAACUUCGCUGUCUUCAACGUGGGCGAGAACGUCUCUUACCCCGAUGGUGAGCAGGGCAAAGUGGUAGGUGUCGAUGCAGACGGCGACCUGCAGGUCGUGACCCGAAGUGGUACGCCUGCGGCGAAGUCGCGGAGCUUAUGGGUUUUGACGGAGAUGGCGGUUGAGAAGAGCGACGGCAAGGUACCAGCAAGCAAUCUUGCCGUCAGCGUUUGUGGCGAAGUCGGCUUCGAUGCCGAUGGGGACGUGAUUGUCCUCAAGCAGGUGGGAUGCUUUACAGCUGUGGCAGCCGUGUCCGAGUCUCAGGGUUUCCUGUUGAACAUCUCCGUUUUGGGUCAGUCCUACGGCCCGUGCCACGGCUACCGCGCCUGGGUGAAGCCCAUGGCAGUUGCUGCGGCUGUGCACCGCCUGGCAUUGCUGGACCGCCACCGGGUAGCACGUAGCAUCGCGGCCACGCUGCUGUUGAUUGCCGCUUCCAUCUUUCUUCGACUUCGUCGCAGGCUCCGAGGCGUGAACAGCUUGCCGCGGCUUCUCAAGAUCCGUGGGCCGCCAGUCCACGCGGACGGUACAGCGAGUACCGGAGAUGCGGCCAGCACAAAUGACGUAGCAGCCAGGAAGGAAGCCACCCCGCCCGAAGUUACCUCCGCUGUGCACAACUUCGCUGUCUUCAACGUGGGCGAGAACGUUUCGUACCCCGAUGGUGAGCAGGGCGAAGUGGUGGGUAUCGAUGCAGACGGCGACCUGCAGGUCGUGACCCGAAGUGGUCGACAGGCCACGUGGUAUGGCUCGAGAUGCUCUAAGGCACUGAGCAAAGGCAACAGAGUGAGGUAUGCCUGCGGCGAAGUCGCGGAGCUUAUGGGUUUUGACGGAGAUGGCGACCUCAUUGUCCAGAAGAGCGACGGCAAGGUGGCUUGCUGGUACCUCGCUCGCACUGAGAGGCUGUUGAGCGCAGGGGAUCGCGUGACAUACGUUUGUGGCGAAGUGGCGAGCGUGGUCGGCUUCGAUGCCGAUGGCGACGUGAUUGUCCUCAAGCAGAAUGGCCGCCAAGCAACCUGGUUUGCGCACAAGUGCACGUGA